AUGAAUUACAAGAGUUAUCAACAGGUCUUAGACUUGUCUGGAAACAGAAAAUCCUCACCAAAAGCUCGCCCUGUGCAACCCACCAACUCGGACGGGCCUAAAAGAAGAACAAAGUCAGGUUGCAUGACUUGCAGAAAAAGAAAAAAGAAGUGUGAUGAAGAAGUUGAAGGUGGGAAAUGUCAGGCUUGUAUCCGUAAUUUCUUGGACUGCUGUUGGUCGGCAGAGAAACCCCCACAGCCAGUUGAGAGUCUGCCUUUGUCACUUGCUUCACAAAAACUUAUGGUUCCAAAAAGCCCUCUUUUGGAAAUCAAAGAAAAGACUGUGCCCGCUUCCCAGAAGGGUGCAAGUGCUUAUCCAUCCCCUAUAUCUUCUCCUAAAGCCAGACCCAUGGAAGAGACCAAAACAAUUCAAUCUCUCAGCCUACCCCCAAUUAAAAUGAAGAUCGAAAAGCCUCAGAAGAAGACGGCUAUCAGCAAAGCAAAAUCGGAGUUCAUAGUGACUUCUUUUGAUAGCCAGAGGGCCUUGUGUCAGAUAAAGUGA